UCUCAUGCUGUGAGCUUUCUCCGUGCAUGCAGGCGAAGCAGUACUUCGUCGACGGCGAGGAAGACGAGAUGCUCAAGAUGGCCGACCCGGCCCUGGGCGGCCGGUACGACGCCGAGCAGCUCCGGAACGUGGCGUGGGCGGCCAAGCUCUGCGUCCAAUCCUCCCCAGACCACAGGCCGCAGAUGAGCAAGGUGGUGCAGAUAUUAGUAGGGGAGAGGACGCAGGCGCAUCCAUGGGGAGAACGGCAUAGGGGGAGCCACCGUCCGGGAGAGCUGCACGAUGAAACGGACGGCUACGAUGCGGCGCCGGGGUACCUGGAUGAUCUGAGCCGCCACAAGGCGCUCGCCUUCGACUUCGAUGGGGAAUCCACGCCACGGACGCAUGUUGGUCCUUAUUCUUGAAUUUUAGGCACAACCUUUUAUUGUGCUAGGGAUGUAUAUUUUGUACAUACACGUUAAUUAAGUUGUGCAUUGUACAUGAUUUGAUGGGAAAGCUCUGUACAUUUCGUGGUGCA